CCGCUCCUCAAAGCUGUACUGAUAUCAGUACUGCAGUUUGUAAACGUUCACAUUGGAAUCAAGAAAGACAAUACCUAGCCACAAAAGAGGAUUAUUGAGAUUUGACUUCAUAACGUACUUUCAUAAGGAAGUAAAAUUAUAGGUGUAGUCGUACACCAUCAGAUUUUCAGUGCCUUUAGGAUUCGCUGCCGUACUUGAAGUGCCAACGUCGUCUCAGGUAAGAUAGGACAGAGCAAAGGAGAAAGAGAGAAGAAGAGAUGAAAGAGUGAAGAAUCUGGACAUGCAUGGCAAGAUCUCACAGUUGUUCUUGAUUAAUGCAUUAACGUGUGGCCUGGAGGUAUGCCUGGCUGCUGGGACCAUCUACAUCCCUCCAAUGCUGCUGGAGGCAGGGGUAGAGGAGCGUUUCAUGACCAUGGUGCUGGGUGUGGGACCCGUGCUGGGGUUGAUCUUUGUUCCUUUAAUUGGCUCGGCAAGUGAUAGUUUGAGAAGUAAAUAUGGCCGCCGCCGACCCUUCAUCUGGGCAUUGUGCAUAGGUGUCCUUCUUGGACUAUUGAUCAUCCCUCAGACGUCCACCCUUGUCACCCUAUUUACAACACAAGAAUGCCAUUGGUUGGAGGUCCCACUACUGGUUCUUGCCAUCUGCUUGAUGGAAUUCUGCGGCCAGGCCUGCUUCUCCCCUUUGGAGGCCCUGUUAUCAGAUCUCUUCCCUGGAGAAGAUGAGAGCCGCAAGGCCUUCUCUGUGUACUCCCUAAUGCUCAGCCUGGGUGGAUGUGUGGGCUACCUGCUACCCGCAGUUGACUGGACCACUUUGGAUGCUGUGGUCUACCUGGGUGGUCAAGAGGCCUUCAUUUACAUUGUGCUUACCUUUGUCUUUCUUGCUUGUUUGAUGAGUACAACCUUUAUCUCUGAAGAGCACACUGGAGGAGAAAGGGUCAGAGAAGUCGAGGACUCCAGAAAGCCUGCAAACCCUAGGACUUGUUGGAAUGCCUGUGCAACGUUCCCCAGAGUUCUUUUCUGCCGAAGAACACUCUCUACCAUCCUGUCUGUGCUUCCUCGGCUCUACACGCUCUGCAGUCGAAUGCCAAAAGUCAUUGCAAGGCUGUUCGUUGCUGAGCUGUGCAGUUGGAUGGCUCUUAUGUCCUUUAUGCUGUUCUACACAGACUUCAUUGGAGAAGGAUUGUAUAAAGGGGUGCCCAGUGCAGAGCCUGGAUCCCUAGGAAGGAUACGCUAUGACGAAGGUGUACGAAUGGCAAGUCUGGGACUUUUUCUGCAAUGUGUGACAUCUGUGGUCUUCUCGUUGGUUAUGGAGCGUAUGGUGUUGCGGGUUGGUGCUAGAAAGCUGUAUCUGAGCAGCAUGGUACUCCUUGCAGUGAGUACAGCUAUCAUGACUGUCUCUCACAACAUUACAUUAGUCACCAUUAUGGCUGCUGCUACAGGAUACACCUUCUGCACCCUGCAGAUUCUGCCCUACACGCUAACAUGCCUUUACCACUCAAAUACACAGGUGUAUUUUUCCAGUGACAAAUGCAAACUUUAUAUCAGUGGGAAGGAUCUGCUGUUGGUCAAAUCUGCCGACAUACAGUCCUUGACCAAGCCGAAAAGGACCAAUGGGUGCGUCAGUGGCUACCCUGGUGGCCCGCCCAAAACGAUACCCUUCCAAAAUAAUUUACCAACCUCAAAACCACUUAAUCUGCAUGUGUCUUUCUCCAUUGAGUCACAACCCACACAACCCCCAGCCCUCAGAGGCAUGGGUACAGACAUAGCCAUAUUGGACAGUGCCUACCUGCUGUCUCAGGUAGUGCCUUCUCUUUUCAUGGGCUCCAUUGUGCAGCUCUUUCACAGUGUAACUGCAUACAUGGCCUGUGCGUCUUUGCUGAGUGUGGUGGCUGUGUAUUUCUCCACUAAAAUUGUCUUCGAAAAGACCGAUAUGGACACAAGUUGACUGUAAUGUCACCUAGAGACAAGGACUCUGGAUUGUGACAAGAAACUUAAAAGGCCAUAGAAGGCUUAAAAAAUUUAAAAGGCAUCUGAUUCUGUUUUAAGUGAUGUUUGAAUGUUUUAGUGUACUGUAUUUUAAUAUAUUUGGAAAGAUUGAUGGUGAUGUGUCACUUUGCAAGUACUUAAUUUUAAAAAGCAUUGCUUGUAAAAUAUUAAGUAAAAAUGUGGCCUUACAGUAAAUGUAAAAGGGUGUUGCAUUAUCAUUGUUAAUAAUAGUUCAAAAUGCAUUUGACAAAAUGAUGGUUAUCUAACCUCUAGUGUCUUAUUUCCAUGUGGCCAUAAGCAAUAUUGAACAAUUUUAUAUCCUUCAAGAACAGCAAUUACACAAAUUACGAUGAAAGUAUUAAUUGAUUUGUGUCUGAUGAACUCUGCAAGUGCAGAAGAGUAAAACAUGUUAAUAUGUAUAACACAUAUUACUGUCAGAUAAACCUGUUUACUCUAACAUGUUUAUGAAAUUAUCAAGGCAAACCUAUAAGAAGAGUGAUGUUUACAUAUCUGGUUCAUAGAUUAUUCAUUGCCUAAAGAGUACAUCAAAUCUUAAGAUUAGCUGGUUAUGCUUCUCUUUAUCAUGGCUUUUGCUUAAUUUAUUGGAAAAACAGGACUGGACUUUCUUAGAUGUCUCAAUAAUUUCUCUAUGCAUUUAAUUUCAAGUAUCUUGAUUAAGUUAUUCUGUCAUUUUAUUGUAUUUCAAUUGCAUCUUUACUAUUUGUUUUGGUUCUAAGAGAUAAAGUUGCUUUUAAAAUAGCAACGUUAUCUAAAUGAUAAAAGCUAUCUGCAACACAAUUAUAGUGUUAGUUUGAAGUUCCUGAUUAUUGUUCUUUAUGGUAAACUGGCUAUACAUGUAAUUGCAUACUACCAUACCACUGCUAUGCAGUAUUGUGUGCAGUAUCCAAAUUUUCUUUUAUACAUUUGCCAUAAUGCAAUAUUCUUAACUUGACCUUCCUUUUACGUCGCUAUGUUUGGAAUGGAAUACUACAGUUUACUACUAUGUCAGUACUGUGCAGUAUACUACACACAUUUUUUUAAUAAUAAGUGGAACAGCAUGCAUUAUGCAACAAUAAAUAUUUAAACAGUAAUAUAUGAUAUUGUUGUGACAUGACCACCAUGUUGCGAGUAAUCAUCAACUUGGAAAUUACGGUUGUUUUGCAUUUUUA